GGCGUUUGUAGGCAUCUAUCUAUAUAGCAAAACCCGUUCUUUUGACUCACUCUGGUUCCAUAAUAAGUUGUCCUAUAUAUACCGAGCAAUUCCAACUUUCACAGCUCGACAACAGAGUCAUUUUUUUUCUCACUUUGAUUGCAGAUAUCUCUUCAAUCACUGCACACCAAUAACAACAUCAAGACCUCUCUUUGCUUACUCGCACAGAAUCUUUCAAUUAUACACUCGAUCCACCCAGGCAUACUCCACCAUGGCCUCUGAGACUAAACCGCCGCUGCCCCCUUUUACAGCCGAAACGGCAAAGAUAAAGGUCAAAGCAGCACAAGAUGCUUGGAACACGAGAAAUCCGCAGGUCAUCAAGAUGGCAUAUACCCCAGACUCCAUCUGGAGGAACAGGGACGAGUUUCUCACAGGGAGGGACGCAAUCGAGGAGUUUUUGACCAAGAAGUGGUCCACGGAGAACGGCUACAAGUUGAGAAAGGAGUUGUUUGCUUUUACCGACAACAAGAUUGCCGUACAAUUUUGGUACGAGUGGCAUGAUAAGGACGGCAAGUGGUUCCGGACCUACGGCCUGGAGGACUGGACCUUUGCGGACAAUGGACUCAUGCGCAAGCGCCAGAUGAGCGGCAAUGACGUUGAGAUUUCCGAUGAUGAACGCUGGUUCAAGGACGGGGUUGACGUCAACGCGGUAGAUAUUAGUGAGAAACACUGGUAAUUGAUUCCUGGUAACAGUCCGUGUGAGUCGGUAUGGUGCUUUUAGAGCCGAAAGAAUUAAAUAUGGGGGAAAGUGAAUGAAUAUUUUCUAUAUGAAGGUUUGGUCAAAGUUGUCUAUUAUAUACUUUUGCAUGCCAAUAGCUGAUAGAUCGAUGCACGCUAUUAUGUAGACUUGGAGAACAUUGUUGCGUGCAUCAUAUUACUCUCAAUGUAAAAUCCGACUUGAGCUCGUG